AUGGCACAAGUGAAAUCCAUUGCAAAAUUUUGGAUUACUACCAGCGAUCUGCUGGACCAUGUUCUCACGUACGAAAAACGAUUGCAAACGGUUGAACCCACGAAAGAUGUGCGAAUUGUACACCGAUUAGUAUCCGAUCUGUACUGCCGCUAUGUACAACUGUGCCGUAACCUGGCACAAUGUUUCGACCAAACACUGCAAGUUCAAAAACGAGAGGUAAUUGAACGGUUACUAGAGGCGGCACAGGCACGAAUGCUGGAGUUCCGCUCGAAGUUACAGGAGAUCGAGUUAAGCGAAUUCGUGUAUGUGGACGGUGCAUUGCAGGAGCAACAUCUGAUACCGGACGAUGUGCAAGUCGUCCGUCCUUGCUACUUCCCGGCUACACGUCCAGCAGAACUACAAGCGCUAAUUGAUUCCCAAAAAUUAGUCGAAUUUGAGUCCGAAGCAAGCGACACCGAAGACUCUUCCUUGGAUGAAAGUGAACAUGAUGAUGAAACGGUUGCACCGUCUCAAGGCAUAAGUCGACCCGUAGUGCAACAUGAUCGUCGGAAGGAACGACUUCGGGCAGCACUGAAUCUAAUUACAUCACACGAAAAAGCACGCCAAGCUCGGGUACGGCAAACGAACUUCCGUCUCCAUCCGGACCGGUACUACCCGAAACCGAUCGAUGAGGAGAUCGUAGACGUGCCGUACGAAUUCUUCUACCGUCCAGGUCAGAUUAUGCUGUACCCCGUGAAGCGUACCAUGUACAAUUGGGACUUUCGGAUGAAGAAGAAAGAUGUGGCCCACUUUGCAUACUAUUCUCCGCCCGGUUGGGAAGAAAAGGCACCGGCAGUGGAUGAACAACCGACCGCAGAGGAACUAACGGUAAAGCAAAUAUCGCAGGAAGAUAACACUGCUGAGAUAACCGAAGCUGAAGCAGCAAUACGUUUGGAGGAAGCAAUAGCACAGAUGAAGUUGAAUCAUGCAGCAGCAAAAAUACAACGCCACUGGCGAAAGUAUCAGUUCGCGAAGUCCCAGAAAAGGCAUCGAUACGAAAGGUCCAAGUUUUUGGGACUGUUUAAGGACUGUGAAGCGAAUGUACAGGAUGCGAUCGCGGCUGAGGAGGUACGGACAGCCAGGAGAAACCAGAAGCCAGAAUUUGACCGCACAUUUAUCGAUGCGAUCGCAGACGAAAAGGCACGGAUAUUACGGACGCGUGGACCUGCGAUACUGGAGGAUAUUACGGACUUUGUGAGAGCUUGGUUUCGCCAGUGGUAUGACGAGACGCACGCGUUCGAUGUUAUACCGGAACCGUUCCAGAGUGGAACGGUACUGAUUGUGCGUGGUGAAACACUUACCCCCGUGGAGUAUUUGGAGCUGGAACGACAAAAGAAGCUGGACAAGUUGAAGUCGGCUGAACAGAAGAAAAAAGAAGCCGAAGCGAAAAAGGCUGCGAAGGAACGCGAGCUGGAGAAGAAGCGCGAGGAGAAGGCGCGACUGAAGGAGUUGGCCCGCGAGAAACGUGCCAGAGAAAAGAAGGAAGGCAAAACGUAUGAUUUUACUGAGCCGGAGUUUGUGAGCAAUGCUUAUCUCACGUUGGAAGAAACUCUUGAACGAUAUCGCAAAGAUUGGGCGUUUGUAAGCGAGAUGGAUAAUGUGCAUGAUCUGCCCGUCAUGGAGUGGAUAACGCUGGAAAAAUUUGCCGAGGUACAUCAGGAACUGCACACCGAAGUGCACGAGUUGCUCAAGUCGGAACGGGAGCUGCUGCAGAUGGCACUGUGCAAGGACGAACGGACAAAGUACAAACCACCGAAACCGAAGAAGCUUCCCCGGGUAAAAGGAGCAAAGGGAAAGAAGCGUAAGGAACCGAUCGAUCCGACCGCUGAUCGUUCAGUGGAAUCGAUGGUCGACGAGCUGGUGGAGCGGAGCGUGAUAAAGAGCUAUCGCAGCCGAACGUUUGAAGAUUAUAUCGGUGAUUUCAACUAUGCAGCGUUUGAGCGACGCAAUUGCCUCGAACAGGAUCCGCCGCCGGGAAUGGGAGAGGUGAGAACCAUUUUACGCUCGUACCUGUACGGCAUGGGGCCACUCGUUGCACCGAAACCGAAGUCGAUCUGUCUGCUGGGUCCGUCCGGGUACGGCAAAACGCUGUUGCUCGAAGCCAUCUGUCAGGAGACGGGCUCGGUACUGUUUGAUCUGAGCGUCGAUUCUUGUGGGCCGGUCGAACCUAACGAUAUGGCGUACUUUUGCCAACUGGUACUAAGAACCGCCCGUGUGCUGCAGCCUUCCGUGAUCGCUAUCGAGGAUGUUCAUCGGGCAUUCUACAAGAAAGUUCCUUCCACCGAUCAGACGCUCGAUCCGACCAAACUGGGCAAAUGUCUGUUCAAGCUGAUCGUGAAACAGCUCAAACCGGAGGAUAAAGUUCUGCUCGUUGCCACCUGCAAUCAACCAUGGCUGGCCAAGGUAGGACCGUUGAAGAAAUGUUUUGAGAAGUUCUUACUUCUUCCCCGACCCGACUACGGUUCUACGGUUCUUUUGUGGCAGUAUGCUCUUGGACAUUUUCUCACCGUUCCACGUGAUUUCGAUGUGUCCGCAUUGGCGAAGGUCACCACCGGUUACUCCGCCGGACAGAUAUUACGAUGCGUGAAGGAAGUGCUCAACGUACGACGCCGCAUGCAGUUCGGACGAAAGCCUUUACAGGUGCAGGAGCUACUGGACCACUUCCUUACAGGCACACAGGGUGCACCACAGUAUCCAAUCACCGACAAGGAGUACGAUAAGUACGUGAAAUGGCAUCGAAAGGUGGACAAAUUGGCAAAGCAACGAGGAAAGAUGGUACGCGAGCGGGAGUUGUUGGCCGAACAGCAGAAAGCCAAGACGACAGGAGGGAAAAAAUGA